GCGGCUGCGAGGGCGGAGCUAUCUGUCUGGAGCUCGGAAGACAGAUAAGAAGAGUGCAAAGUUACAAUAACGAGGAAGUCCAAUGGCUACAGAGGGAGAGCCCACAGACCUGGUGAAAAUCGCCCACCUGCUCAUCCUGUCCUUCUCGUGGGGCACGCAGCUCUGGGUGACGCUUGUAUCAGGUUUCGUGCUGGCCGCUGGGGUCUCUCGUCACACGUUCGGCUUGGUCCAGAGCAAGCUAUUCUCCUUCUAUUUCUACGGCGUCCUGGUGUCCUCCUUCCUGAACCUGGCGGUGUAUGCAGUGUACCACCCCCGCGAGCUGCUUGACACCCACGAGGCUGUGCAGAUGGUUCUGUUUUUCUCCUGCGUGCUGCUAGCCGGCUUCAAUGCCCAGUGGUUCGGCCCCGCGGUGACAGAGGCCAUGUUCCACAUGCAGGAGGUGGAGAGGGAGCACGGACUGGGGGGGGAGGUGGGGGUCCGCACCAGCAAGGAAGCCUACAGCAAGCUCCGAGAGCAGGACCCCAAAUACAAGCGCCUGCGAGAGACCUUCUACAGAUACCACGGGCUCUCCUCUCUGUGCAACCUGCUGUGCAUCAUCUGUACUGGAGCCAGCCUGGUCUACACUGCUCUCAACCUCAGCACUGUGUGAGGCAGGGCUGGGAGCCACACAGGGGCUCCGGAAAGCACAGCAGCAGUAUUCUUCCACAUCACUUCACACACACUCUGGCAGUCCCAAAACCGCACACACAAACUGGGCAGUCAACGGAGUGUGUAAAAUAUCAAUUUAUUUUAAAUUCACUGCAGGCUAGACUACACUAAAAAAAAAAAAAAAAGUAGUUUGCUCACAAUCAGCUUUUAAAUUCCAAGUAAGCAUUGCUUCCACUUUUUCGUGAAUAGGUAUGUUCUGAUGCAGUAUUUUUGUGUGUGUGAUUGGAUAUAUCAGUUUAACAGUGUGAUAUACUGGUAAUUGCUUUUUUUUUCUGAUGUGUUUGUGCAUUAAACAUAAAAUUAUAAACGUG